AUGGGAUUCAUCGGGUUGUCUGUGUCUGCAAUGGGCAGUGUCCUGGCAGAAGAAGGAUGCAUUCUUCUGGUGGCACUGCAAGAGCUAGUCGGCAUUGUAGCCCUUGACCCAAGCCUUGAAGAAAGAAUAAGCAACUUCAAGGAACUUCAGGCCAAAUUUCAAAAUUUUGAUGCUCCAUCUCUGCUGAGACCUACUCAAUUCCCAGCAGGUAUUUCUCAAAAGAAUAAAAGAAGUACACAGGCAACUCAGAUCUUGACUAAUGGAAAUCUCUUCUUAGACAACCACAAAGAACGGUCACCGUCUAAUUCCAGUGGGGAUUCCCAGACUCUCAAACCCCAACAAAUUAUGUUAACCAAGAUGAGUGAAAUUCCGAAGGAUGUGAAUAACCCAGAACCUCAGAGAAAGUGUACGAUGUUUUCAGCAGGAAACUCCCAGAAGGUUUCUCUGCUGUUAGAUUUGGAAAAACCGAGUGCUGGUUUAACUGAUGAGAAGAAAGCAAUGGUGGCCAGUAGCUUCAGAAAUAAACUCUGGAACUGGGAGAAGGUUUCAUCACAGAGUAGUGAGAUGGCAACCCCUUUUCCUCGUUCCAAUUGUGGAAGUAAAGCCUUUUAUGCAGCAAGACAAAAAGCCAUGGAACUUACUCCAAAGGAACCCAAGAUAAGGGUGAAAACAAAAGGACCUCAUGUUCUCCACUCCCAGAAGCAUUUGAUAACCCAGACAGAAACACCUGCUGACUUUGGAGAACCUUCUUUAUCGCUUCCUCAAGCUGGCAGGAAGAGCCAGGAAAAUCCCAGUUCUCCAAGGAGCCUGGAGAACACUACCACCUGUCCAUCUGUUUAUGAGUAUGAGCUUGCUAGUCAGGCCCCAGAAAAACAGGCAAAUGUCAGGCAUCAUCGACUGCCCCCCAAAAAGCCGCUGCCUUCUAUGGAAUCCCUGGGUCCUCCUCCCGCAAAGCCUCCGAAGCCCCCUGUGGUGAGCCUUUUGCCUUUCCAGAGGCAGGCAGCAGCUCUUUCCAAGAUCCCAGCUGAAGUGGCUGUGAAAGAAGGCUCCCUGCCUCCAGAGAGAACAUUCAGCGCUGACUUUGAAGAACCACAUAAUUAUGAGGGGACAAUUUCAUAUCUGAGACGCUCUGGCAACUCCAUUAACCUGUGCACUGCAGAAGAAAUUGCUGAUGAAACAUACGAAGUUACACUUGAAGAAUUCCAACAGCCUUGGAAGAAUUUUCUCCAUGAAAGUUGCAGCCUUGAACAUGAAUACGAAGAUAAAAACAUGAAGGGAAAAGAGCCAUACAAAUUGGAACCUCCCAAAUCUGAGAAAGAUCUGCCUUCAACCCAUCCUUUAAAGGUAGAUGCAUCUGGAAAAAUCCAGAUGAUCAGAGUCCAUGAAGACAGAAGCAGCAUGCUGGCUGGGCAGCAGGAAGCUGGGGUUGAGGUCAACCACGUAAGGGCCUUCUCUCAGGCCCCAAAGCUGCCUGCGUAUUCACUAGGACAAGAUGGCUAUGUGCAUGCUGUGGAGCUGGCUACGGAACCUCCAGGGCCGGGGGUCUUUUUGAGAAGUCCCAUUCCAGAGGACAUGUAUGACGAUGUUGAGUGCUCCAGAGAACGACCAAAACCAGACUUUUCUAAUUCCCUCAGUUCAGAUGUGGAAGAAAAUAAUAAAAUAUAUGAAGAUAUCUACAAAACAAAUGACAACUGCUCAACUACAGAUUUAGAUGGAAAAGAAACACUUAAAAAACUGCAGCACUUCUUCCAGAAAGAAAAGAAAAGAUUUAAGGUGAAGAAAGUCAAGACAAAGGAAAACAUAAGUGCAUUUUCCAUUUCGCUGCCUAAUUUAGAGUUUAAAUCUCAGGAAGUUAUUAUCUAUGAUGACGUGGACAUGAGUGGAAAAGAGACAAAAGAUGAAGAUAAACAUAAAGUGUGGAAGCCCAAAUUUUUUAUAUCAAAGGGGAAAAAAGGGAAAAACAGUGCUGGAGAGUCAGAAAGUUUUUUUCCAAGAAAUUUCUUCAGAAUCAAGAAGCAAAAUUUAGAAAAGAACAGAAUAGAAAGGGAAGAAAAACUUUUUUGAGAAAAAUUUGAGUAUGACAAAGAGAUUAUUAUCAUCAACAAAGCAAAAGUGUGUGCCAGUAACUCAAGAAAUGGAAUAUUUGAUUUGCCAGUAACCCGUGGGGAAGAACUGGAGGUCAUAGAUAUUACUGAACAGAAUCUAUUGAUAUGUUGCAAUUUUAAAGGAAGAUAUGGAUAUGUGCUCACUGAACACCUAGAUUUCAAGAGUUACAAAAAUGAGGCCCGCCAAAAUGAUGCCACUCCCCUGCUGACUGAGCAUCCUCCUCCCUUGGAGUUGUAUCAGAGCCUCUGA